AUGCACGUUGAUUCGUGGCUAUUUGGAGUAUCUGGUUUAUGGCCUGACGACUUACAUCAACUCAAGAAUCACAAUUUAAUCCAACUUCUGGAAACGCUAAGGGUUACAGAUUACAUUGGUAGUGCACCAUGGAAUCUCUAUCGGUUGGAAUUUCCUUUCACCCCACCUGUUAGAAUGGUGGAAACGGACGACUCCGGAGUGGAAUCGGAGACUUAG